AUGAUUUUUUUUUAUCCUUCCUUAAAUUUCUAUUUGUUUUUAUUUAUUAGUAUUAUUAAAUUUACCCUUUUAUAUACCAAAGAAGUAAAUAAAAAAUGGAGAGGUGCAAUUUUGGGGACUUAUAAACCUUCUUCUUCUUUAUAUAAUAAAAGAAAUAGAUAUAAAAAAUUAUAUAUCUUAUGUAAAUAUAAUAUUUUAAAAAAUGUUAAGAGUAAAAAGAAAAAGUUAUAUGUUGAAAAAAUUAAAAAUUUCGAUUCUUUAAUAGGUGGUGAAGUUGUAAUUAAGCAUGGAACAUUUAAAGAUUGUCAUGGUGUUAUAUUAGAUAUAAAAAAAACACAAAAAGAUGAAUAUGAAUUUCUAGUUGUAAUUAAUCAAAAUGAGUUAAUAAAAUAUCCAAAAAAUAUUUUAAAAAAAUUUGGUAAAAGUUAUUGGUUUAAUAUUAAAGAAUUACAAAUUCAUAAAAUUAAAAAUUCUUUUUUUAAUGAUUAUAAUAAUUUUUAUAAUCAAAAAGAACAACCUCAAAAUCAACAAGAAAAUAAUUUAAAUAAUAUAAAAGAACAAUUAAAUAAUAUUCAUGAAAACCUGUUGUUACAAUAUGGACAUGAAAUAAAUGCAGAUGAUCUUUUCAUCGAUACCUUGGAUGACUUCAACUCAAAAGUGGAUACCAAACAAAAUGUGUCUCAAUCUAUAAAUGGAGAUAUAAAUGGAGAUAUACAAAAGAGUGAUGACAAAAAUAUUUUUGAAGAUAUAAAUGGAGAUAUACAAAUGAGUGAUGACAAAAAUAUUUUUGAAGAUAUAAAUGGAGAUAUACAAAUGAGUGAUGACAAAAAUAUUUUUGAAGAUAUAAAUGGAGAUAUACAAAUGAGUGAUGACAAAAAUAUUUUUGAAGAUAUAAAUGGAGAUAUACAAAAGAGUGAUGAUAAAAAUAUUUUUGAAAAUAUAAAUGUUAAUAAUUCAUCUAAGUAUGAAAUACAAAAUAGUGAAAAAAAAAGUUCUGAGGAAAAUUUUGUAAACGAAGAUAUGUCUGAUAUUCAAUCCUUAAAAAAUUGCUACAUGAAAGGAGAUCGAAAGUACUUGCGUAGUAAUUUUUGCCAUAGUAUUAUAAAAAAGAUUGAAAAGAAUUAUAUAUAUGAAGAUUUGCUUAAUUUAUAUAAAGAAAAAAGACAUGUUUCGAAUAUGGUUGUAUGUUUUUAUAUAUUAAAACAGCUAGUAAAAAUAUAUAAUUUUGAAAAAGAUGAUAAAUAUUUUCAUGAUUUAUUUUUAAAAAAAGUUAUACACAACAAUAUUUUUGAAACAAUUUUAUUAGAUAUAAAAUAUUUUUUAGAAAAAAAAGAAAUUUAUAGAGUUGUAGAUAAAACAUGGUUAUUAUGGAUUUUAAUUAAAUUAAAUAUUCAUAAAGAAGAAAAAUAUAAAGAAAUAUUUCAACAUAUAUUAGGUCAUUUAAUUGAAUAUAUACAUUUUGAUAUUUUAAAAAAAUUAAAUACAAAAAGUUUAUGUGCUAUUUUAUGGAGUCUAGCAAAAUGUUCUUAUUUUAAUUUUAAAAUAUAUAAAAAAAUUUUAUAUUUCCUACAAAAAUAUAUUUCUAUAUUAACUUGUCAUGAUAUAUCAAAUAUAUAUUAUUCUUUAUCAUUAGUAAAUUAUAAAGAUAAUUUCUUUUUUGAUCUUCUUGAUAAAGAAAUACAAAAAAAAAUUAACAAAUUCCCUAUACAAAGUCUUAUGAAUAUAAUAUGGGCUAUGACAAAAAGUAAAAGAAAUAAUGCUUCAUUUAAAUUAGUAAAAGAUAAAUUAUUAUUUUUUUCAACCAAUUUAGAUAUAAGAAAUAUUAGUCUAUUUUUAUGGUGUCUAAAUAAAAAUCAUUAUUAUAAAGUUAAUAUUAAUUUUAAAGGAAAAAAUUUUCAACAUUUAAAUAUUAAACAAGCCAUGCAAUUAUUAAUCUUUUUUAAUUAUAAUAAAAAUAAAUAUGUAGAAUAUCUUAAAUAUGUAUUAAACUUUCUUUUACAAAAUAUUCAUGUUUUAAAUAAUCAAGAAAUCUGCUUUCUUACAUAUUCUUUGGCAAAAUUAAAUCUUUUAAAAAAAACAUUCCCAAAAAUUAAAGAACAUAUAUUACAAAGAAAUAUAAAAUAUUUUAAUAUUAUAGACAUUAAUAUGUUAAUAUUAUCUCUAAAUAAUUCAAACAUAUAUGAUAAAUCAUUAUUAACUUAUUUAUUACAAUCACUAAGAAAUAUACUCAAUCAAAAUAUUCAUAGAACCAUAAAUAAUAAUAAUAAUAAUAAUUAUUAUUAUCACAAUGAUAAUGUACUGUUAAAAAAAACUUUUAAAGAAAAAGAAAAUUGUAUCAAUUUUAAUUUCAUUAUGAAAAAUUUAUCAGAGAUGAAAUUAUAUGAUCAAACUAUUCUUUUAAAAUAUGUCUUUUUUUAUUCUAAUAAUAUCAAAAAUAUUUCACUUGACGACCUUGUUGAUUAUUUAUUCUAUACAACAUCAGUUUAUUAUCCACCUAAACCAAACAUUUCAAAUGUUUCAAAAGAGAAAUAUAAAUAUGAUAAUAAAAAAGUCAUAAAUAAUAAUAUAUACAAUGAUAAUAUGUUUAAUGAUAAUGUCUUAAAUGAAAAGGUGUAUUCCCGUUUAAUAAUAAACAAGGAUGAUAUUAUAUUACGAGAAAAAAACAUGAGAAAUAUAUAUCAUCACUAUUUAAAUAAAAUUGUUUUAUUUUUAAAAGAAAAAUUAAAACAAUUCGAAGCUCAAUCAUUUCUUGAAUAUUUGAAUUAUCAAAAUCUUGAACCUCAACAAAAUGAAUUAACAGAAAAAAUUUCAAAAAAAAAUGAUACAUUCACUUUUAAUUAUAGAAUAGAAAAAGAGGAAGAAGAAGUUAAAAAGUUAAACGAACUUAUUUUAGAUAAACAAAAUGUGGAACCACAAAAUCAUUUACAAAAUAUUAUUUCGAAUGAGGAAUUCUAUUCCUUCGUAAAUGCAAAUGAAGAACAAAAUGAAACAAAUGAUAAAAUUCAAACGAAUGAUAUAAACCAAAAGUGUCAUAAUAACUAUAAACAUAAUGAUAUAAAUGAAAAAUGUGAUAAUGUAGUCAAAAAAACUGUAUAUUUUAAAUCUCUUAAUUCAUUAAUACAUCUAUUUUAUUCAUUUUCAUUUAUGAAUGUAUUUGAUAAAAAAAAAAUCGAUUUUUAUUUCGAUAAUUUAUAUACCGUAAUCAAUACAAAGAAAAAGGAAAUGACAGCCUAUCAGUGGCUUUUAAUUAAAGACCUCAUAAAUUUAUCAAAUAUAAAAAAUAAAUCACAAUGGCAUAUGCUACUCGAUAAAGUUCAUACAUAUGUUAGUAAUGAUGAUGAACUUGAAAACCAGAAAUUCGAGACUAUAAAUAUAGAUAUUUAA